UUGCACACAUGGUUGUCUGUUGGACAGAGAAUGUCAGUUUUUCAUGAUGAAAUUGAAAUAGAGGACAUGGAAUACGAUGAGGAUACUGAAACUUAUUAUUACCCAUGUCCCUGUGGUGAUCGAUUCGAAAUAACAAAGGAAGAAUUAGCUAGUGGUGAAGACGUUGCUAAGUGUCCCAGUUGCUCUCUCUUGAUUAAAGUGAUAUAUGAUAUUGAUGAUUUUCUAGAAGGUGAAGAAGUAGCUGCUCCAACAAAAGUUGAAUUGGAAAAAGCAUAAAGGUAAAGCAUAUAGGUAAAGUGUCAAAGUAAAGCAUAAAGGUAAAGUGUUAAAGUAAAGCAUAA